AGGUUGGAGCCCGGCGGCGGCGGAGGAGGAGGCCGCCGCGUGGUCCCCUCUGGCCCCCGGGCGCCGCCGCCCGGACCCCGAGCCCCACCGGCCGCCGGGCCCCGCUUCAGCUCCCGAGGAUUUGUCAGCCAGAUGUGACAAGAUUGUGGAGAGGCGAGGGAAGGAGGAGAUCUGAUAUUAAUCAGCGCAUAGCUCGGAGCCAAACUUUCUCAAACGCGGUGUAGAAACAUGUUCUUCUCAUUUAGGGCAUCUCUUUGUGACUGUGGGGCUGCCACCGGUCUGCGUUUGACAGCUAUCGGCUGUACUCUGAGCUGUAGUUGCCAGCGUUUCAAACCCGGUAAAAUAAACCACCGUCAGUGUGAGCAGUGCAAACAUGGAUGGGUGGCCCAUGCUCUAAGCAAGCUGAGGCUCCCUGCUGUGUAUCCAACCAGCCAGGUAGAGAUUGUGCAGUCCAAUGUGGUGUUUGAUAUUAGCAGCCUCAUGCUCUAUGGGACCCAGGCCAUUCCUGUUCGCCUGAAAAUUCUGCUGGACCGACUCUUCAGUGUGUUGAAGCAAGAUGAGGUUCUCCAGAUCCUCCAUGCCUUGGACUGGACCCUUCAGGAUUACAUUCGUGGAUACGUGUUGCAGGAUGCAUCAGGAAAGGUGUUGGAUCACUGGAGCAUCAUGACCAGUGAGGAAGAAGUGGCUACCUUGCAGCAGUUCCUUCGUUUUGGAGAGACCAAGUCCAUAGUUGAACUCAUGGCAAUUCAAGAGAAAGAAGAACAACCCAUCAUCAUACCACCUUCUGCAGCAAAUGUAGAUAUCAGGGCUUUCAUCGAGAGCUGCAGCCACAGGAGUUCUGGCCUCCCCACUCCUGUGGACAAAGGAAGCCCCAACAGUUUACACCCUUUUGAGAACCUCAUAAGCAACAUGACUUUCAUGCUGCCUUUCCAGUUCUUCAACCCUCUGCCUCCUGCACUGAUAGGGUCACUUCCUGAACAAUAUAUGCUGGAUCAGGGUCAGGACCAAAGUCAGGACCCCAAACAGGAAAUCCAUGGGCCUUUCCCCGACAGCAGUUUCUUAACUUCCAAUUCCACACUAUUUCAGGUUGAAAAAGAUCAGUGUUUAAACUGUCCAGAUGCUGUUACUAAAAAAGAAGACAAUACCCAUUUAAGUGACUCCAGCUCUUAUAACAUUGUCACUAAGCUUGAAAGGACACAGUUAUCUCCUGAGGCCAAAGUGAAGCCCGAGAGGAACAGUCUUGGUACAAAGAAGGGCCGGGUGUUCUGCACUGCGUGUGAGAAGACCUUCUAUGAUAAAGGCACCCUCAAGAUCCACUACAAUGCCGUGCACCUUAAGAUCAAGCAUAAGUGCACCAUCGAAGGGUGUAACAUGGUGUUCAGCUCCCUGAGGAGCCGGAACCGCCACAGUGCCAACCCCAACCCUCGGUUGCACAUGCCAAUGAACAGAAAUAACCGGGACAAAGAUCUCAGGAACAGCCUGAACCUGGCCAGAUCUGAGAACUACAAGUGCCCAGGUUUCAUGGUGACGUCCACAGACUGUAGGCCUCUCCCAAGCUACCCUAGUUCAGGGGACGAUUCCAAAGGCCAACCAGCCUUCCCAAACAUUGGGCAAAAUGGUGUGCUUUAUCCCAAUCUAAAGACAGUUCAGCCAGUCCUUCCUUUCUACCACAGUCCAGCCACACCCGCUGAGCUGGCAAACACACCUGGGAUGCUGCCUUCCCUCCCUCUGUUGUCUUCUUCAAUCCCAGAACAGCUGGUUUCAAAUGAAAUGCCAUUUGAUGCCCUUCCCAAGAAGAAAUCCCGGAAGUCCAGUAUGCCUAUUAAAAUAGAGAAGGAAGCUGUGGAAAUAGCUAAUAAGGAGAGGCAUAGCCUCAGCUCAGAUGAAGACAUGCCUCUGCAGGUGGUCAGUGAAGAUGAACCAGAAGCCUGCAGUCCUCAGUCAGACAGAGCAUCUGAGGAGCAGCACUUGCAGUCAGGAAGCUUAGGUAAGCCUCUCCCUGAAGGAGAGAGGCCCUGCCAUCUUGAUUCAGUGACUGAGUCCCGUGGAGCCAUCAGCCAAACCCCUGGGCCAACCUCACACAACUCAGAGAGGGAUGCUGAGCAGAUGCCAGCAUUGAUCAUGGUGCCACGGGAAGUUGAGGAUAGUGGCCAUGAACACCUCUUCACACCUGGGAUGGAGCCCCGAGUUCCUUUUUCUGACUACAUGGAACUACAGCAACGCCUACUUGCUGGGGGACUCUUCGGUGGUUUGUCCAACAGGGGAAUGGCUUUUCCUUGUCUCGAAGACUCUAAAGAACUGGAGCACAUGGGUCAGCAUGCAUUAGCAAGGCAGAUGGAAGAAAAUCGCUUCCAGUGUGACAUCUGCAAGAAGACCUUUAAAAACGCUUGCAGUGUGAAAAUGCACCACAAGAAUAUGCAUGCCAAAGAAACACAUCGAUGCACAGUGGAGGGCUGUAAUGCUACCUUCCCUUCCCGCAGGAGCAGAGACAGACACAGUUCAAACCUAAACCUCCACCAAAAAACAUUGAACCAAGAAGCAUUGGAGAGCAGUGAAGACCAUUUCCGUGCAGCUUACCUUCUGAAAGAUGUGGCUAAGGAGGCCUAUCAGGAUGUGGCUUUCACACAGCAAGCCUCCCAGACAUCUGUCAUCUUCAAGGGGACAAGUCGAAUGGGCAGUCUGGUCUACCCUAUAACCCAAGUCCACAGUGCCAGCCUGGAAAGCUACAACUCUCAUCCCCUGAGCGAGGGCACCAUACUGGAUUUGAGCACUACCUCAAGCAUGAAGUCAGAGAGCAGCAGCCAUUCCUCUUGGGACUCUGACGGGGCGAGCGAGGAAGGCACUGUGCUUAUGGAGGACAGUGAUGGGAACUGUGAAGGGCCAAGCCUUGUCUCCGGGGAAGAUGAGUACCCCAUCUGUGUCCUGAUGGAGAAGGCUGACCAGAGCCUUGCCAGCCUGCCUUCUGGGUUGCCCAUAACCUGUCAUCUCUGCCAAAAAACAUACAGUAACAAAGGGACCUUUAGAGCCCACUACAAGACUGUGCACCUCCGCCAGCUCCAUAAAUGCAAAGUGCCAGGCUGCAACACCAUGUUUUCAUCUGUCCGCAGUCGAAACAGACACAGCCAGAAUCCCAACCUGCACAAAAGCCUGGCCUCAUCUCCAGGUCACCCUCAGUAACAAGAUGGCGUACCAAGUAUGCUUGGAUAAGAUUUCAUCAUAAUUCAGGAAUAAGGUAGUCCAAAGAAUGUUUUUGACUGUUUAAUACCAUUUGGGACAAGCCAGGCAAAUAGUAUUUGAUUUGACUCUAUAGUUCUCAGCAGCAGGAUGAGCAAAAGAUAGGCCUUGUGGGAAGAUGACAUUGGGGUAACUCUUCCUAUUAUUAUUUUUCUUAGCCCAAGAGGUUUUUCACUGAUAUAAGAAAAACUCGCAGAAAGGCAAUUUUCCCCAGAUUUGUUUAUAUGUUCCCUGAGAGAGCCCCAGGUCUGAAGAUUGACAACAGGGGGCCCAGGACCUGGAGGCAGCUUCUAGUGUGGCUUGCAGUAUGAAGUUCUUGGGGAAGAAGUGUCCUGGGGAAGAAAAGUGCCAACAUAGGCGAGACACCAGCCCCAAAGAUUGCAUUUUCAAUUCUUUCUUUAAUGAGUCUAAAAUCCAGACCUGAGUUUGGGAAAAUGAGUUUUUGAGACCAUCCCUCCAUUUACAGCGGAUAAUUUCCCCCUACCCCUGCCAAAGGUCUCAUAUGUUACUCCAGGGAGUUCUCAGAGGAAGUGGGUUCACCUCUAAUAUGUUCCUUGUUAAUUCUUGAUCUGUGACAUGUUUUCAAGAAGCUAGAGGAAAAGUAUCUCAUGCACUUGAAAAUAGUGGUCUUCAAUUUAAUUUAAAAUGAUUUUGAUAAUAUUUAAUUUGUGCUUAUAUUAUGUGAGUAUUUGGUGCGAGUGCAGACUUGUCACAGUGUCACCUCUGGAUCUCUACUCAGAAACCAAACAAGUGAUAACAUAAACAUCAAAACCACUGUGCAUUUUCAUUUGGUGAACUUCAAAGUCUGUUCUUUUUGAUCCCCUGUAGAAUGAAUGCAAGCAUGAUUCUGGCAGGACCAUUUGUAUAUAUUCUGCCAACUGUUUAGAGAAUGUGGUUCUGACAGUUGUGUAUUUUCAGCAUCACUGGAUCCCUCAGACUUCAUCCUUUUAUAAAUGUGUAAUAUUAAGAUGAACUUUCAAAUUUACUUAGUAGGGAGAAAAGUAGGACAUUAUUGCCAUACAGUAUGUCUUAAUAUUUAACUUAUUCUGAAAUAUAUUCCACACCGUUAUACAUGUUUGCUGUUGUAGAGAGAGAGCUUAAUCAGCCCUGUGGAAUGAGACUGUCUCCUGAAAUUGGGCAUUUACAGUAUUCUGAAAGCCUCCAUAGGUAAAAAGAAAUUGAUUUUGCAUUCAGGAUUCAAGUUAACUGUCUUUUAAACUCAUGGUCGAUUUAAGUAAUAAAAAGCAUCCUUAAAGAAAAUUGAGGGUUAUAGGAGAUAUUCUUCUUCUGUUCUAAAGGUGAGAAAAGCCAACUACUUGUGACUGUUCCAUCUUUUUUUUUUAAUAAAUGUGACAACUUAAAACUUGUCCCUGUUUGAAGUGAGAUAUAUUGUUUAAAUGUUUUGUUACCCAGUUUAAUAUUCCAGUUUCCCCAAAGAGGAAAAAAAUUGUAUGCAAAUGUUUUCUAUGAUUUAAUAAAAAUAUACCGCACAC